AUGGAUGCAGCUUUGACGCGAGAGUAUGAAUACUCUCCCCUGUGGGCUCCGGACUCAAUUCGCGUCAUCGUCCUCAACCCCGCCACUGACCCAGAGGCGCCCUUGCAGUGCUCCCUAAUUCAGUACAGUCGCUCAUGGCAAUUGAUGAAUUUGGACACGGAACGCGAUUUCUCGGCCGUCUCGUACACCUGGGGAACCGCACCGCCGUCCUGCGAGCUCCUGAUCGAUGGCUCGUUCUCGUUCGGCAUCAGUCCGACAGUCGACUCGCUCUUGCGGACACUUCGGAAGCCCAUCGGUUCGAGAUACCUUUGGAUCGAUGCCAUUUGCCUAAACCAGAAAGAUGUCGCCGAAAAGAACAAGCAGCUUCCUCUGAUGGGCCGAAUCUACAAAGGAGCUAAGAGAGUGCACAUAUGGCUCGGUGACGCAGACGACACGACAGCAUCAGUAUUCGCCGCCAUCCGCAUGGUGGCAAUGCUACUAGACACCAAGCGGCCCGAAGAAAUGGCGCGAAACACAUUGGCAAUAACAGAAAGGGUGAUGGGACCCGACCACAUCUUUCAACUCCAGCGCUUCCUGUGUCGCGAAUGGUUCUUGCGCCGCUGGAUCAUCCAGGAGGCGUGCUUAGCUCGCAACGCCAAAGUCCACUGCGGAAAGUACUCUCUCGGCCUGCCCUGGUUUGUCUCGGCGGCCCGGCGCUUCGAGUACGUCGAGGACCUCAUUAGCUAUCAGCUCCGAAUGACGAAGAACCUCUGCAGCGAUCGGAAGUCGAUCCUUGAGCUACUCUGGAACUUUCAUGCGGCUGGGUGUAGGGACCCGGCGGAUCGCAUCACUGCCCUGUUCGGUCUAGUUCCUGAUGAGGAACAAAACAAAGACGUGGAAGGGUAUCUCGACCUCAACCAAGACUGGACGGUUCUCUACCGGAAACUCGCAGAGACCAUGUUCCGCCGGAGUAAGAAUACUGCUUUACAAAUGCUGCUUCACGUAUUCGAGUUUGGGCAGCUCUCAACGGCAUCUAGUGAGUAUUAUCCGUCAUGGGUGCCAGAUUGGUCCAAAGAACGCCGCCGUGACCUACCAUACCACACCAUGAGCAACAAUCUCGACGCCUUUGACUACUCCGACAGCCCCGGCUUUUCAGAGGUCGCCAUCGUUGUGGAGCCAAACACCGUGGUCCAUACCCCUCCGAGCGAGUUCGGGAGGCCGCUGCGUAGGCGGGAGGCUGGUGUACCGCCCCAGCAAAGGGUCCGGUCUUCGUACCACAACGGGGAAAUCCCACGAUGGACGGAGGAGCGCACGGCCAGGCUUAUUUUCCAGCAGGACCGCCUGUAUAUCCGUUGGUAUGAUUCCUCUGGCGGAGACAGAGGCCGAACUGUCGCAAGUCUCAAGCUCAUGGAGCCACCCUGGGACGACAGGUCUUCUGCUGCUGCUUUACAGAGUGUGAGCAACGUCUUGCGUGGCUUCUUUCCAGCGCCGCAUGAGUGCCCUGCUGAGAUCGACACCAUAUCGAUGCUCUUCUGGACUGUGGUUCGCUUUCGCAAACCCAACUGGCCAUGGGACCAAGGUUUCGUCCGUGUUACCGUGAUGGACAUGCUCGACCCGUCAACAUCACAGCUGAGCCCUGAGCAAACAGUUCUAGUACAGACAAUCUCCAAAUUAAUGCAAGAAUUCUCGCUCUUCAAGCUGGAACCGCUGGGAAACAUUUCUAUUUGGGAUGGCCAAGGCUCCUUAUCCGAGCACCGCGGCGAUUACGGCUUUGGUCCGCGCGAUCUCGCCAUCGGCGACAUCUUGAUCCCCGUUUGGCGCCUCAGCAGGGACCCCAGCAGGCGGUCGCGCAUCAUGCGGGGACAAAAGACGGAUAGACAUAUGGCGACUAUGAUGGCAGUAAGGGUUCAGAUAAGCGAGCAACGACGUGCCCCUGCUCCGACUACUGCGCAGCCAGCCCCCAGAGUGUGGGGUCCAGGAUCGCGGUCGAGCUGGAUGGACCGUCUGGUCCGUGGCGGGCGAGAUCCAGCAGAAGCGUUUACAGGUGUCGAGAGUCCGUCGACUCCGGCCGGAUCUUGGUCGCAAGGAGUGAAUGGGAGUUCGGUGCGUAGAGCCCGGGUAGUUGGGCCAGCCGUCUGCGUUACGUCUGAUGGCACGCAGCGGUAUGCCGAGCAUGACAUUCAGCUCAAUGAGAAGAUGAGUGGAGAUUUGGAUAGAGACCAGCCCUGUCUGAUCCAGCUGAUAUAG